CCGCGAUCUCACACGACCACAAGAAACCGGCUCCGGCAUCAACACAAACGGUGACUUUUGGUCCCGAUGACUCUUGGUGUACAUGUAGUCGAGAAGAGAGGCUCGGCGGUUGAAGAGCUUUGGAAGAUUUAAUAUUCAGACAAUCUCCCAGCUCGCCGACUGAGAGCAAGUGCAGCAGUCUUCGAGUGAACCUAAUCACUGCGCAUCAACAGACGAAAGAUAUCAACCCCGGCUUGAGGCAAACUAAAUCCUAUUAACUCUAAUCAGGCUUCAGUGACACAUACCGUCCCAAGAAGAAACAAGACCGAAGACAUGUCAACCACAACAGAGACGAUUACCAAAGUCAAUGGCGGAGUCGGACAUACAGUCCCAGCUCCAGCAAAAGCAAAUGAGCAAGACCCAGCCGAAGAACUGGUCGAGUCCGCGCUCAAAGUGCACACCAAGCCACUAUGGACCCAGAUGGCUCGUCUGAACCCACCCGAGCCGAAUCCAACAUGCAUCCCAUUCAUCUGGCGAUACGACGAAGUGCGGCCUAGCCUCCUUCGGGCGGGAGAACUGGUCAGUGAGCAACAAGCCGAGAGACGGGUGUUGAUGCUAGUGAAUCCUGCCAGAGAUGCUCCCUACACAACCGACACAUUGUACGCCGGCCUGCAACUGGUGAUGCCCAACGAGACGGCGCGAGCGCACCGACACACGGCAUUUGCCAUGCGCUUCAUCAUCGAAGGGCAAGGCGGCUUUACGGCCGUGCACGGCCGCCGCAUCACCAUGCAAAGGGGCGAUGUGAUCCUGACGCCGACCUGGAACUGGCACGACCACGGCAAAGACGGCUCGGGCCCCAUGAUCUGGCUUGACGGCUUGGAUCUGCCCAACUUUCGACACUUCCCCGUCCACUUUGUCGAGCACUACCAACAGCCGCGAUACCCUGCCGAAGAUGUCGACUCGAACGAUUCCCCCAUUGUUUUCCCCUGGAAGAAAAUGCAGGAGAAGCUCGACCAGAAACCCGGCGACUGGGCUCAGGAGGAUUACUUGAAGAAGGACGGGAGACCUGUCUCCCGCAUCCUGGGUGGUUCUGCCGAAAGGCUCAAUGCGGGCUGCUCUUCGCCCCCUGUCCGCGAAACCGCCUCCUCCGUCUACCAUGUCGUCCAGGGUAGAGGGUACAGUGACAUCAAUGGUCAACGCAUCCAUUGGAAACAAGGCGAUACCUUCUGUAUCCCCGCUUGGAACAAGUACCAACACACUGCUGAGGGCGACGAAACCGUCUAUCUGUACAGAUUCCACGAUAAGCCCAUGUUGACCUCGCUGGGCUUCUAUAGGGUCGAAGGGUGUGAUGUCGAGAGCUUGGUGUCCGAUUGAAAGGCAUGACUCGGAGCUGCUGGUCUUAACCUGUGUUUUCAAUGGGGGUAAAGCGUUGUUACCCACUGCGGCGAUGUAAGCAAUUCCCAUAGUACCUAGGUAUACUUUCCUGCAGUAUCAAUCAAUCACCGCUGAGAGAAAGUGAAAUCAAUAAUGCUGAAUCUUCAC